AUGGGGGGCGGCGGCGGCGGCGCGCUCAAUAAGCUGUUCCCAGGCUACAAGGACAAAAUUUGGAUGAAGGUUCCUGUCCAGGCAAGGGGAACUCUUGUGGAGGGUGCUGAUUUCUACAUGCCCACUCAGAACGAGCAGAAUCGCCUGGUGCGCCCGUUCGAGCCGUAUACGGAGGAAGAGCAACAAGCCCGCAAAGGAUAUCGCUAUCAGAGCUUGGGCUUUUACAUGGCCGUUGCCUUUGGCGCCUCGUUCGUGCACGACUGCUUCUAUCAGCGUCGGCCGGUCUGCUGGUGUCUUGAGAAGGAACCACCGAGGCCCCCGCACUAUCCUUUUUGGUUCAAGUCCAUCUUCCAUUCCCAUGAUAUCCCCUCAGUCAGGCGCGGCUACGAAGUGUAUCGCAAGGUCUGUUCGACGUGCCACUCCAUGGAGCAGCUGCACUUCCGCCACCUGGUGGGGGAAGUGCUGCCCGAGAAACGCGUGAAGCAGAUUGCAGCGGAAUACGACGUAGAAGAUGGGCCGAAUGACAGCGGGGAGAUGUAUACUCGUCCGGGUGUCCUAGGUGAUGCUUUUCCGAAGCCGUAUCCCAAUGAAGAAACCGCUCGUUUCGCGAAUAAUGGAGCUUACCCUCCGGACCUGUCGCUGAUCUCGGGAGCUCGCAUGCACGGCCCUGACUACAUUAUGGCCUUGCUGAACGGCUACCAUGAACCCCCCAUGGGAGUUGAACUUAGGCCAGGGCUCUACUGGAACGUCUGGUUCCCGGGCAACGCCAUUGCAAUGGCCCCUCCCCUGCAGGACGAGAUGAUUGAAUACGAAGAUGGCACUCCAUGCAACGUCUCUCAGAUGUCUAAGGAUGUGGUGAACUUCCUCACAUGGGCAACAGAGCCGACAUGUGAUGAACGAAAGUUGUUUGGCCUCAAGGCAGUCAGCGCGGCGCUCCUUGGCUGUGCCCUCAUGACCGUCUGGUGGCGCUUCUUCUGGGUGAUUUACGCUACCAGGCGUAUUGAUUUCGGCAAGCUUAAGUACCUCUAA